AAUAAAUUCUCGUGAAUAAAAGUGGAGGAGAAAUUCGAAAAAUAAUCAGAAUAGCUUUCGAGGAGAGAGACCACAAAAAAAGAAGCCCUAAUUUCUUAACACAGUUCUCUGCAACUCUAAGAAGAGGACAGAUCUACAGAUACAAUCUGAAGAGAUUGGAUCAAAUAGAUAGAUUUUCUUAGUUAGUGUACCUGAAUUGGAUUUCAAACUUCGAAAAACAGCAAACCAGAACAAGAACAAAAACCCUAUUUGUAUAUCAGUGUGUUCUGAAGAAAUCAGAAGAAGAAGAGAAGAAUUGGACGAAUGAAUUACAGAUUUGAAAUAACAAGUUGUGUUGUCUUGUUAAAUCGAAACUAAAGGAUUUGUUUUGCUGAAAUUUGAAACGACAAAAAAAAAAAAAAAAAAAAAAAUCCUGAAAGUGAAAGUAUGGAGAGAUCUAGGGCGAAGAGGACUUACUAUUAUGAACAAGAUUAUGAUACUCAAAAUUUUCCUAGAACUAAACCUCGUUUUCACCAUCACAAUAAUCACCAUUUCAACAACAAUAAUCAUAGACGUGGAGGAGGAGGAGGAGGAGGUGGAGGUGUAGGCGGUGGUGGAAGAUUACCAAAAAGUCAGGAUGCUGCUAGUGGAAUGACUAGUUUUCGAAUUUUAUGCCAUGAUAUGAGAGCUGGUGGUGUAAUUGGGAAAUCUGGUAAUGUAAUCAAAGCAAUUAGACAGGAAACUGGAGCUUGGAUUAAUGUUCAUCCAUUAUUACCAGGUGAUGAAGAAAGGAUUAUUGAGAUUGCCGAAGCUAAACGUAGGGAUCCCGAUGGAAGGAUUCCAGCAUUUUCCCCAGCUACAGAAGCUUUAAUGAUGAUCUUUGAAAGGAUGAUUGAGAGUGAUGGUGGUGGAGUGGGGUUUCAGUUUGAUGCUGGAAUUGACGAUGGUGAUGAUUUUGGUCCUAGAGGUGGCAAUGGUGGAUUAAGAGUUGCAACUAGACUUGUUGUCGCUAGACCAAAUGUAGGAAGUUUGUUGGGGAAAGGUGGGAGAAUUAUUGAACAAAUGAGGAUUGAAACAAAAACCCAGAUAAGGAUUCUUCCUAGAGACCAUACUUUGCCUAGCUGUGUAUCAAUGUCAGAGGAAAUUGUUCAGGUGAUUGGUGAUGUUAAUAAUGUCAGAAGAGCUGUUACGAUUAUUUCAGCACGCUUGAGAGAGAGCCAGCUUCGUGACCGCAGUCAAUUUAAUGGGCGAGUGCCGGAUCAGUUUUUAGCUCCUGAUGAUGAGUUUGUUCCUCAGUUGAACCCUGCAUCGCGUAGAUCAUCGAUGGAUGCCCCCCCUAUUGGACAGCGAUUUUCUUCUGGACAAAACAAUGUUCGGAGCAAUGCACAUCUCUCACGUCAGCCUGGCUUUGCAUUAGAAUCUGAAGCUUCUCCGAUGGACGAUCAUGUGCAGUCCUUACCUAGAGAGGACCUUGUCUUUCAAAUAUGUUGCCCUAAUGACAAGUUGGACAGAAUUAUGGGAGAGAACGGGCUUAUAGAAAUACUACGAGGCGAUAUUGGUGUGGAUGUCAGGGCUACUGAUGCAGUACCAGGAUCUGAUGAAAGGAUAAUUAUUAUUUCCUCUGAUGAGGGUCCUGAUGAUGAGCUGUUUCCAGCUCAAGAAGCUUUGCUGCAUAUCCAGAGUCAGAUUGUAGAUCUUAUUCCAGACACAGAUAAUAAUAUUACGACAAGGUUACUUGUGGCAUCCAGUGAAAUCGGUUGCUUAGAGGGAGAAGAUGGAUCUCUAUCCGAUUUGGAAAAAUUGACUGGCACAAAUUUAAAGAUUCUUCCGCGAGAGGACCUCCCAUUGGGGACACCUGGGGCAGUUGAGCUUGUACAGGUUGUAGGUGAGAUAAAAGCAGCUAGAGAUGCUCUUGUCGAGAUAACAUCAAGGUUACGAAAUUGCUUAUACCGGGAGACUUACCUUCCAAAGGCUUUGCCACCACCACCUAUAUCCACGUCUGUUUCUGGAAGCCUGUCAAUGGCGGAGGUUGGUUCUCCCAAUGGAGUUGCUGUAUGUGAAGGUUUUCAUGGAAGGAAUGCUCCAGGUGCAGGGCUUCCGACUUUGCAGAGUGCACCAGCUGUGUGGCCCUCAAAGGAUGCUGUGGCAUCUGGUGGGGCAGUAGAAAGAAAGGUAACUGAUGCUCAAGAAGAAGCACCGGUUAACUCGAACAGAUAUUCUUUGCCACUUGUCACCAGGAGUACAUUGGAAGUAGUCAUACCAGAGCACGCAAUCUCUAAGCUCACGAUGAGAUCAGGCAACAGGCUUGCUCAGAUCAGUGAGUUGUCAGGAGCUAGUGUUAAACUUGUGGAAGAUGAAACCGAAACUGAAAAGGUCAUUCGAAUAUCUGGUACACCGGAGCAGGCUGAGAGAGCUCAAAGCUUGCUCCAUGGGUUUAUUUUGAGCACGCAAGAAGACACUCCAUCAAGCUAGUGGGAGCCGUACGAAAACAAGGUAACAAAUGGGUUGUUUAGCGGAAGAUGGCCGAACACCUCGGUGCAAAUACCAGGUGAUUAUCGAGUCUUAGUCCCCUUGUAUGAUGAUGAAUAGGUAUGUGUUAUUUAUAUCUAUAUGCUUGUAUCGUAGUUCCAAGAAUAUAAUGCCCAAAGUGUAAAAGUUUCAUUGUAAUCAUAUUUCUGAGCAAGCUCUUUGUAUGGCAUUCUUUGAUUUCAGAAUCCGUUAUCCUUCUUGGAUGCUUAUGUUACUACAACAGUUGAUUAGUCGGGGAUGUACAUUUUAACCUUCUUUUCUGAAAUAGGUCCCAACUGAUUUUGCUUCU